GGCGCGCCUGGAUCCUCGUGUCCCAACUCCCCCAGCGCCUCCCCGCUGGCAGGCUCCUGACUGGCUGAUCCCUUUGUUGUCUUCAUCUACUCUUGUCCUUUCUUGACCCUCCAUUCGAUCUUUGUUCCGUCUCCCUCUUCCCUCUCCCCAAAAUCUCCCGUGGAUCUUAUCGCGCAGAUAAAUAUCCCCCCAUCAACCUAUCAACCAGACAUGGCACCCCAAAGGAAACGCAAGUCGGAGAGCGCGCCAAUCGCCGAGGAAACCGAGUCACCUGCUGCGAAGAGAGUGGCCGCGCCCGACACACCGGCUACCGGAGAAAAGAGAAAGAGGGGUCGUCCCAGGAAAUAUCCUGAGGGUAGUACUCCCAAGCGCCCUGACGGCCCCAAAAGAGGCCGUGGUCGUCCUCGUAAAGAUCCGAAUGCCCCUACUCCCGCAAAAUCUACAACCCCCAAGCAGGGCAAACGGGGCAGGCCAAGGAAAAACCCGAUCGAGAAUGGAACCGAACCUACCUCAUCAACAACGAAACCAGAGACGAUCGAUACCACAUCCUUCGAAGGACGCUCAUACUGGUUGAUGAAGGCCGAACCGGAAUCGCGAUUAGAGAAAGGUGUUGAUGUAAAAUUCUCCAUUGAUGACUUGGCUUCUCGCAAGGAGCCGGAGCCAUGGGACGGUGUGCGUAACCCUGUUGCACAAAAACAUAUCCGUGACAUGAAGAAGGGUGAUCUCGCCUUCUUCUACCACUCCAACUGCAAAGUACCAGGCAUUGCGGGUAUCAUGGAGAUUGUCCAGGAGCAUUCACCAGAUGAGUCAGCCUUCGACCCCGCCCACCCAUACUACGACGAAAAGUCGAACCGAGACGAUCCCAAGUGGCAGGUUGUGCACGUAGAGUUCCGGCGCAAGUUCAACAAAAUGAUUACGCUGAACGAUCUCAAAUCAUAUGCACAGUCCGAGCGGGCUCUUGAAAAUAUGCAGGUGCUGAAGCAGUCCCGGCUGAGUGUGACGCCAGUAAGCGUCACAGAAUGGGCGUUUAUCAUGCGGGUAGCGGACGAAAACGAGGCCAAGGCAAAUGCCGAAGCUUCCAAGGAUGACAGUGCCGAGGGCGACGAGCCCGAAUCAAGCGAGUAAAGGAUAAAGCGAUUUUGUUGUGUUGCAGGGCUUCUGGGAUGAUCAACUUACUCUUGUGGGAAUUCGACACGCGCAUUUUACUCUGUUAUGUACAAUCAAGGGAUUUUCUUUCGGUGCAGCUGAUGGUGCGGUGGAGUCACGUAGCAGGCGGGUUACAACGGCAGCUUGUUUGGAUGACAUGUCAUGAUUCUGACCGGGGAUGCUUUUAUAUUGCCACUAGUUGACGCAUUAUAGGCCUUGUAAACUAGCAGAUCCCCUGGCGAGAACAUACCAUACCUUCUAGACUCGGCAAAAAACAUCUGUGGCUGUAGCGACGCUUUGUGUCUUGACGGUUAUCUGUCGUGCAACAAGUCGGAAAUCCAUCACUGCUGGCGGUAGAAGGAUUGUCAACUGCUUCUGAAUAUCCGCGACAACUGCAACCUAUUAUUGAGUAAUCGGGGAAGCGAGGGGUUUAUGGCGAGGAUUCGGGGAGGGGCGACCAAGCUGGAAGACCCGGAAGAACCAUGAUUGGGGAUGGAAGAUGCAAGCUGCAUGCACAUGAGGAGGGGAGAGCAGGUGGUCCCGCUAGAUGAGGGAAAGAAGUGCGGAGGAGCUGCAGAAUCAAGCUUAUCAAGCUGAGGUGAUUAGUUUACUUCGCCGGUGGAGUUGCUGAC